AUGGAGAGUGGUGGUGAGUUAGCGUUUUGCUCUAUGCUCCCUGCUGGAUGGCCACCAGAUAGAGGAAAGCAGAAAUUGAUCACAGACUUCUGGCCGAUGGAAAUGAGGGAUGAUGAUGAGGGUUGUGUUGAAGUCUCGUCACCGGCUCACAAUGGCAACAGGGAGCCACUCACGGUGGCUUCAGGAAACUCCACGAAGGUGAUUAUUCCCCAAGACACAUAUGAAGAUCGUCUAGGAAGAUAUCGAUUUGCCUUAAUUGGUAGAAUCAACUUCCAUCAUGUCUUUUUGGACAACGUUCGAAGGGAGGCUCAUGAGGCUUGGAAUCUGCAGGGCGCCGUGAAGAUGGUGCCCAUGGGCAAGGGCGUCACCAUCUUCCAGUUUGCCUCUGAGGGUGACAUGGUCACUAUAUGGCGGAGGAGCCCUGUGAAGGUUAGAGGUCAGCUAGUGCGCUUCCAGCGUUGGCACCUUGAUUUCAACAUUCAUGAAAAACCUAUCAAUAAGGUUCUUGUCUGGGUGAGAUUUCCAGAAUUACCAUUGGAGUACUGGCAUGAGAAAGUGCUUUUGACAAUGGCAAAAGCUUAUGGCCGUUCUCUUGCGUUAGAUCAACGCACGAAAAAUGUGAUGUAUGGUAAUUGUGCUCGAGUCCUUGUUGAAAUGGAGAUCGGAGGCUUGAGACCAGAAGAGAUUCAGGUUGAGCGUAAGCAGCCAGGGACUGAGAAUCUAUUCUGGUUCAAGCAGAAACUAUUUUAUGAAGAUGCUAUGGGGAAGUGUGGAUACUGUAAGAAGGUAGGACACAUCAUUGGAGACUGCAGGAAAAAAAUCGUAGAGUCCAAGGCUGCUUGUCAUGUGAAUGAUGGUGGUAUCCCAGGUGCAAACUAUGUAGACGAACCACCAAGGGACUCGGUGGCUCCCACAACCUUAUCUUCCACGCGAAGAUUGCAGCAGUAUAACGGAGCUGGUAUCAUCCAUGGGGGCGGCUCAGCCUUGUGCGGUGGUGGGGCAACCGCUCAUAGAGAAGAUGAGAAUCAAAUGGAGAAUAUUUCUGUUAUGGAAGUUGACUCCGAAAAGGAAACUAAUUUAUCGGAAUCAAUUACUCCCCAGUCUAGGCGUCCUUUGGAGAUGGAGAUGAAUAUUCCCUUAGCAAAUAUGAAAGCUACUUCAAAUUUUGAAUUAGAGUCCAAUAUUCCUUUAGUUAAUAUGGACAGUCAUUCAAAAUUUUAA